AUGCACUCCGGGACGAACCAAGCUGCACUGAGGCAGAGGAAGGACAUAAGCUUGCUGUCUCGCUCGCUUCCGUUCGAUCGCGUCGUCGUCCAGCUUUUGGUCCAACUGGCAGAGGAAGGACAUAAGCUUGGAGAGGACAACAGUCUCCGUGACGCUACCGUCGGAGACAGUCGGCGAUGCCUCAUGAGAACCUUCAAUAACCGGGGACAAGGACCUCAAAAAUUCUCUCAGCCAUUGUCCGAGGAGGAACCUCCAUAUCAGAAAACCGCUAUAUCAUGGAAUAUAAUUCGGGGGAGUGGUGUGAUUGAAUUGAAGAUAACCGACGCUUCAACUUACUAUGUUGCUGUGGCUAACGUGAACAUGAGAGAAGUAAAGUGUACCUUCAGCAACGAAGACUGCACAUUCAAUGCGAUGUCUCUUUGUGGAAAUUCUUUUGUCUUAACUUCGCCUGCACUGAUACAGGGAGCAUCCGUUGAAGGGUGGUACAUCAGGUUCUCAUAUCAACCUAGAUUGAUUGGAUAUCUUAUUAGCGCAGCAUCAGACGUCGCUGUGCCAUUUGUUAUGAUGCUCCAAGAGGUUGUUUUUUCCUCCCAUGUGGCCAUGCAUCUCUUGUUAUCAAUGUGGAACAAAGGUUGCAGAAGCUCGUGGGAAUCGGAAUUGGCUUUUAGAAGCUGGUGGGAAUUGUCUGAUCUGUAG